AUGUACAUAAGCGAAGUAUGCAUUGAAGGCUUUAAGUCGUACGCUAGCCGCGUUACACUCAGCAACUUCGACCAAUGCUUCAACGCCAUAACUGGUCUGAAUGGCAGUGGAAAGUCGAACAUCCUCGACUCCAUUUGUUUUGUGCUGGGCAUCAAAAACUUGAGUCAGGUCCGCGCAACAAGCCUCCAGGAACUUGUAUACAAGCAGGGACAAGCGGGCAUAACUAAGGCGACCGUAUCUAUCACAUUUCGGAAUGAUGACCCUAAGAAAGCCCCAACUGGCUUUGAGGACAAGGAGACAAUAUCGAUCACACGUCAGGUCGUAAUUGGCGGGCGGAACAAGUACCUUAUCAAUGGAGUGUCAGCAACCGAGACGCGUGUUGCUGACCUGUUCCAGUCAGUACAACUGAAUGUCAACAACCCGACCUUCCUAAUCAUGCAAGGACGCAUCACAAAGGUGCUCAACAUGAAGCCGCCGGAGAUCCUGUCCCUGCUCGAAGAGGCCUCCGGCACCAAGAUGUACGAGAAAAAGAAGCAGAAUGCGCUCAAGACACUGGAGAAGAAGCAGGCGCGAUUGGAGGAGAUCGACCAUGUAGGUUGA